AUGGCCGACGAGGGAAUCUCGCCAAACCUGAGGUCGGCCAGCUUGGCGAGGCAAGCUCCUCGAUCUGGUACCGUAAAGCCAGAGUCAACGGCAUCUACGCCAGUCGUUCAUCACCCUGGUAGAGUCGUUCUCGCGCCGGCGCACCAACUUCCGGCUCAUUUGAUCCAACUGUUAGAAGAAUGGCAUAAGGGCCACCCAAAGGAGCCACCAUUGGCUGCUAUAACUGGGAGAUUAAACGACGGAACAAAAUCAUUCCAGUAUCUCUCAAGGGAUCUCAACCUAUAUCCAUUGAUGGAAGAGAUCACCAUUACCAAGCCUGUGCACUACAUGGUGAACUAUCUAGCCAUUGAGGAUGGAACGCAAACUGGUGCUCUUGUGAGGCACUUGAGCUGGGGGAGUAGGAUCUGCUUUAUGAAAAAAUGGAUCGGAGGCUAUGACUUUCAAGCGGAACCAGUCGCCGUCCGGCUACCGGAGAUCGACGGGGCAUUCGUCGGAGAAUUUCCUGAUGAUACCCAGUGGAAAGGAGCAACCGAGAAGAAGCUACCAAGUGAAUUGAAACACGAGGAGGAAGAGCAGGCCGCUCGGUCUAGCGUGUCCAGGAAAAGGUCGCGUGAAGUGAGAGGUUCCACGAGUAGUUCGGGUGGUGGUGACAUCUACCCUGAAGUCAUGAAGCCUUCAACUCGACAACACCAACAACGAGCACGCUCAGCACACGUUCGACCUUCCGUCGGCGCGUUGAGAGACGUGGGCUAUGAUGAAGACGAAGACGAAGACGAAGACGAAGUACCCCCCGUCGGAUUAUCAAACGGAGGAUUACCCAUCAUAACACGCUCAGCAACCACAACAAGGGUCACAACUACAAGACAUCAUAACCCAAGAAAUCUAACAUCUCGAGCAUCUUUACCUCACCCGCUUCAUGGAGGAGCUGCACUCCUAACCUCGCCCUUAAUGAUGAAUGCCCCCAGCACAACAACGAGCGACUCCGGCGUCGACAUCACAACAGCAAAUACAUCUCACCCAUCCUUAAACUCAGCCCUCAUCACAUUCAAACUUCGAAUUCCACGGACACGAAUGGAACGACAUAUACGAAUCGAGAAUAACGAACAUGCCGCAGACGACCUUUUCAAAGAGGCUUCACAAUAUUUCCGCCGUCAUGACAGAUUGAUCGGUACGCCGAUAUUGGAGUGCGUUAUCGAAGGCGAACCGGACUGUAGAUGCAUCUAUAAUGCAAAAGAAUUGCGGUAUUUCAUCGAUGAGCUUCGUGAGAGGCAUGGGAUCGUUAAAGUCACGGUUACGCAGAGCUUUUGA